UGAUAAUAACGUUUAUAAAAUUGAAAGCAAUUUAAAAGGAUUCGUAAAAAUGGGCGUCUGGGUUGGAGACGUAGAGGCGUCGGAUAUAGUUUCUGUGUGAUGUGGACCCCUACUGACUCGCUUCUAUUGAUUCCGUCGUGUACAUCAUUCUGCUGUCGUAGCUGUUUAUUUCUUUGUACGGUUAUUUAUCAAAUAAUCAAAUUGUUCUUUAAUAUUGUGCUUCGUCAAGACAAUUACACAACAAAGUGAAAGGGAUUUAAAAUGACUCCGGAGGGCUAUACUCGUGUCUACGUUGGUGGACUCAAUGAGAGCAUCAAAAAAGAAGAUCUACAAAUGGAAUUUGAGAAAUUCGGCAAGCUUAACAAGGUUUGGGUGGCCUUCAAUCCUCCAGGCUUUGCCUUCAUCGAGUUUCUCAAUAUGAAUGAAGCAGAAUUGGCAUGCAAUAGUAUGAAUGGCACAGAAAUAAUGGGUGUCAAGUUAAAAGUGGAAAUUUCACGUGGUAGAGGUCGUGGUGGAGGUAGGGGUGGAGUAGGAUUCAGAGGUAGUCGUGGUACUUCUGGUAGGGAUUUCGGUUCUCGGGGUGGUUCUAGUAUGGGUUAUAGAGGAGGCAAUACGUAUGCAGAUUAUGGGGGCAGCUAUUAUUCAGGCGGCAGGGGUGGUGGAAGUAGAGGUAGAGGACGCUACGGAGAAGAUUAUAUGUCCAAUCGUACCAGUGGGUAUGUUACACGAGACGGAUAUAUGCAAGAUGCCUAUGGUACUACUAGCGGAGACUCCAGCAUGGAAUACUACACUGGCAAGGAUACUGGCACAUCGAGGUACCGAAGCCGCUCUCCGGCUGGCCGUGGCAGUCAUCGUCAUCUACGUGAAUGCACAUAAAAGAACUACGCUGCGUUGCCAAUCUGAACUGCGGGCCAAUCACCCACCCGCCUCGACGACUACAUUUCUAUCCAAUCUACGCAGCGACGUGUAUAUACAUACAAGAACGACAAUUGCAGUUUAUGCUGCAAUAAAUAUUUGCAUUAUAUGAUCUGAUGUGACAGAUUGUGGUCGUUGCCACUUUUCUUAAUUAACAGUUCAUAAGAUUCUGUAAAAGUUCUAUGCUCGAUAUCAAAUGGGGAGAAAGAUCAGAAAGAGACUCUAUUUGUUGACAUUCAGAGCUUUAACUCGUAAAAGUGAUAACAUUAUUUGUGAAAAAAAAAAAAAAAAAACAAUUUAUUUCUUGGGUUCAAGAUAACCCAUUUUUUCUUUAUAUUUUAUAUAUGAUACAUUUUUUACAUAAAUCAUGGGUCUUAGAGAUUAAAUUCAUUUAAUAGUUACGUCCAUGGUACUUAUGCAAGUUUAACAAACGUAUUUGCAUUUUUUCUACUUGCCUGAAGGUAGCGAAGAAUGGAGAUAAAUUAAGCUUGAUAUAGUAAUCAUGAAGUUUGUAUAAUUAGAUACCGCGUCUCUGCAUUAAUACAGUCUUUCCAAACUCUCGUUUUCCAGUGUAUUGACGAUACUUCUGAGUACAAUCUUCGUAUACCUAGUAAAAAAAAAACAACCUUGCUUAUGAUCGUGCGUGUAGAAACGUUUUCAUAUAGGUCCAAAAAAGAGGAAACGAAAC